AAAUCUUGAGGCUUGUCCAAACCUACUCAUGUUUAUAUUGGAGCCUGUGAGUGACAUCAGAGCAGGGAGAGUAUAAACACCAGCAGGACCUACUCGGGGCUUUAAAACCUGCGAACACGCCGCUGCCUCCAAACUGCCUGGGGGGUGAUGUGCUGAAGUGGUGGAGGGGAGAGCAGCAUGAGGCUCCAGCUGGAGAAGCGGCUCCUCUUCCUCUCGCUCCUCUGCAUCCUCUCCAAGGUGUGUGCCCAGCUGUGCCGGCGACCAUGCUACUGCCCCUGGGUGCCACCCCGCUGUCCCCGUGGGUCCCCCCUGGUCCUGGAUGGCUGUGGCUGCUGUAAGAUCUGUGCUCGGCGCCUGGGAGAGCCCUGCGACUACCUCCACGUCUGUGACCAGAGCCAGGGCCUCGUCUGCGACUACAGCACAGCACCCACGGGGACAGGAGCCACCUGCAACUUUGAAGACAGCGAGGAGGGCUGCGAGGUGAACGGCCGGCUCUAUCGAGACGGGGAGGUUUUCCAGCCCAGCUGCAAACUCCAGUGCCGCUGCCUGGACGGGGGCUUCACCUGCGUCCCGCUCUGCCAGGAGGACGUCCGGCUGCCCACCCCGGACUGCCCCUUCCCACGGCGUGUGGAAAUCCCAGGGAAGUGCUGUCCUGAGUGGAUCUGUGAAGUGCGGGACCAGCGCCUCCUCCGGGAUGCUGGGGCAGCCCCUGGGGCAGUGUCCCCGUUGCUGCCGUACCCCUGCCAGGAGUGGGGCACAGAGUGGAGCGCCUGCUCAGUCACCUGUGGCGUGGGCUUCUCGACCCGCGUCUCCAACCAGAACCGCUACUGCAGGCUGGAGACUCAGCGGCGGCUCUGCAUGGCCAGACCCUGCCCAGCUCUGCCGGCAGCAUCCCCAGUGAGGGGAAGAAGAAGUCAUCUGUAGCUGUGCCCACACUGGUCGCAUCCCAGAGCCAACGCCUCAUCCUGGGAAAGAGUCUGGCACAAACCCAUGGCACUGUGGUUUUGGUGGAGAUGUAGGACAUGUCCUUUGGGAAACUGGGGAAGAACUGCUGGACUUUGGCUGCAAAAGAGAGUGGAAACAGAGAGCAAGAUCCCCAUGUCACACAGCACCUGUCCCCUUUGUGAAUCCCCGCUGCUCUAGGCACGAUUACUGGGCAGCAUCGCUGAGUUUCUUAGGCUGAAUGAAAUGGGGAAACCCUGCCAUGAGCACAGACACACCUGAGAAACUGGGAAUUGGUCUUUUCCUGGAUCAGUGGGGCUUUUGAGAGGUGAUGCUGCUCCUUUGCCACAUUGCACAUGCAGCUCUGCUCUGUGGGGGCUGCAAGAGAGACCAUCUCCAGCACCUGGAAAUCCAAAUCCCUGGGGGGAACUCUCAUGCCCUGGCCCCCCUGGGAUGGAGCAGGUGCAUUGGGCUGCACACCACAGCACCUCAACCGGGCACAAGCUCAGCCAUCCCACCAUAGCCACCUAGCAGCAGCAUUCCAGGGCACAGGCAGAGGCAUCCCUCUUGAUGGCAGCUCUAAUUCACCUUCCGUGCAUCUCUCCAGAAUAACCAUGAACCUUCCCACUCUGCCUGGCCUCCUCCUCUCCAAAGCGCUGACGGUUUGGCAGGGCUUCGGUGAGCAAGGAGCUCAGACGAAGGAGACACAGCUCCACAGCACCAGACACAUCGCCUGCCAUCCAAGCACAUACCCCACCAGCCCAGGCCAAAAGAAAAGCAGGAAAAAAGAGAAAACAAAUUGCAAGUUCCUGAUGGGCUGGAGCUGCUCCAGCUGUGCAAGAGUCGGCGCAGGAGAGCUGCUCGGCAGCUCUGCCGUUGUUUUCUCAUAGCAAAAUCCUUCUGGGUGAUUCAAAAAUGAAACCCAAAUGCCCUCUAAUGGCCUUGCACAAGCUUGCAGAGGGAACGACUGUCCCGUGGCUGGUGAGAAUGGCGACUGGAAAGGAGCAGUGGUUUAUGCGACACGUCCAGCUGAGAUCUGGGCAGUUUAGAUGUGUAUUCGUGGAACUGAAAAUAAAGAUGUGCUCAUCUAGGUUAGAGCUUGUAUAGGCCUGUCUAUGUGAGGUAAACCUGGCUCCGGUGAGCCCUGCUGCUCCCGACCAGCUUGGCUGCUGCAGGAGAGGCUUGACCCAGGAUGAGGGAGUUUGGAGGCACCUCAAUUCAGGCUGCUUAGAAUAAGGAAAUAAAACAGAAAAAGAAGUGAAUCAAAGCACUGAAAACAUUACUACAGUAUAUUAUAUCCUCGAUUAAAUUCUGCUCCUUUGCUUUUUCCCAGCCAUAAGCCCCAUCAGCUCUGCUGACAGGACCAACCCUGGCCAUAGCAGUGCCGGGUCUUGCUCGCUGCCGGGAUGAGUGGGAGAGCACAGCACGGCCCCAGCUGCAUUGCUGCAGGCACAGACCAACCGUGCCUCUUCCCAGCCUCCCAAAAACCAAUGGAACCCCUUUUCCCCAAAUUACAUCUGACCGCCCUGGUAGUCAGUAGUGCAGUGACCCAGGAGGGGCGGGUUGCAACGACCACCCAAGGCAGCCACUCGCCCGCUCCCCUGACACCUGCAAAGUGCUGAAAAUAAAAUCAAUGUCAAGGCUGUUUUUCAGUAACCUCUUGGGGAGAAGGGAAGGAAAGAAGGGGGAAAAAAUUAAAAAAAUCUCACUGCUCAUGCAGUAAAAUGUUGCUUACAAAGAGAAUUAUUUACUGUGAUCAUCUGGUGCUCUGCUCGAAUGCAAAUCAUUAAUUCAGUUUGAUAUGGGGAUGCGGUGAACCUCUGGCAGGCAGCAAAUCGCAGAAUGAACGUGGCCCUGUGUGCAACUUCCACUGGCUUUUUUACCUCUGCAGUGGCCAUGCCAAAAAAGCGGUGACAUGAGGCUCUUGUGGACCUUGAAACCACAAUGUUCCUCGACUGACAUGGGUAAGACAUGCCCUGUGUACUGAAAAUCCUGGGGUUUAAGCCAGUUCUUGUUUCAGCACACAGUGACAGCGCCAGCGAGGCCGGCGGGGAGUGCUGCCAGGGCACUCACCUCCUCCCAAAUCCUGCCCAGCCGCCUCUGGAUGAUGGAAAAAAUCAAAAGGUCACUUUUUAAGCAGCAACCUGUAAUUCUCAUCUCCAACAGUAAUGACUCAACACACCUCUGCUAUAAUUUUCUUUUUUUUUUUUUUAGUUUUCCUGCAAAAUGUCAUUCCUCCCUGAUUCACUAAGCAGAAAACAUCUAAAUAAUGAAUUAAUAAAUCCAAAUAAAUCAGAGUUAUUUUUCCCUAAGAAUACAGGCAAAUCAA